AUGGAAAAUACUUGGAGUCAAUACAAAGAGAAACCUGAUAAUAUUGCUUUAUAUACAACUGACGCAACAGUAACUCAUGUUCCUACUGGUGUCACUAUUCAAUCUAAUACUGAACUUCGAAAGUUUUAUUUAUCAAAGUCAACUACUAUUGCCGAACAGGUUCAUAAUCAAGUCAUCUCUGGAAACAAGAUUAUGGAAGAAGUAGAUUGGGUUGUCACUUUUAAACAAAUGGAAUGUAACUGGUUACUCCCUAAUCUCGAUGAACAUUAUUAUGUGAAUUCUACUAUCAAGAUUCCUGUGGUCAUCUCCGCUCAAUUUGAAAAUGAUUUGAUUGCAAGAAUUAGGAUUUACUGGGAUCAAGCAUCCGUUUUGAAACAAUUAAAUGUCAUUUCUCAACGAAAUAAAUGGCCUGUCAUUGGUGCUGAACAAGUCAAUGCAUUACGUGUUACUGGUUCUAAUCCUACCUCUCCUACUCCUUCAACAGAACUACCAGCAAAGUUUAAUCCUGGUCAAAAUGCGUUUGUACCUGGUAGAAUCUUUGGUCCCGUUCAUCCUGAUGAUCAAGUACGUCACUCUAUCCGAAAACCAGAUGAAAAUGCUCCCAAUCGAAACAUCUUUUCCUAUGAACCUCCAAAAGCAAAACCUUUAGUCGCUCAUAAUCCCAAUCGUCUAGGUUCUUCCUUUACCUUGGCUCAUGAUGAAGGUACUCGUCCUACUACUAGUAAUGAAUCUACUCCUCCUGUUACUCGUAAACCCAAAUCUGAAAGUCGAAAUAUCUUUGCGCAGUAUGAUGAUGAUCUUUCUAAAAAGACCUCUCAACUUAAUCUUAAUGGUACAAGAAACAUCAUAGGAUAG